AUGGUUGUCCUCCUUGGAGUGUUCACGAAGCCAAAAGACGAUCUCUACGCCGUCGAAGGCAACAUAAGCAUCCUGCAUGAGGAUGAGAUGUAUUAUCACGUUGGCAUUUUUAUCUGGUCUUUAAAUCUUAUAGGUAUUAUCUUGGGAGAAUUUGUGAACCGGUCGUGCCUGAUGUUUCAAUGAUAUGUAUACUCGAUCGAUUUGGUCUUGGAGCCUCGCUCUCAUUAGUAAACUAGGCAAGGUGAUUAGCUCACGAUUCAUGAGAGAGAGGCUCCCAGGACAAAUUAUCGAAAGGGUAUAUUCUAUUGAAAAAUCAAAUAGAAGCUAUUCAAAGUGUUUUAUUAGAGGGAAGGUCAAACAUUAAUUUUGCCGUAUUUAUGAUUAAGUCUCUUUGCCACCGCGCAAACUUGCUCAUUCAUUUUCAUUUAAUUUACUAGAUUGAGCAUUCUGCGAUUGUUAUGCAUCAAUAUAUAACUUCUUAUUAAGCCAGGAACAGAUUUACUAGAUUUAGGCUAUAUAGCAGACAGAACGAAUGUGCAACCAUUCGAAAAUUGGUCUGAUUUCAUUGGUUCACACGACAAUUCGUACGGUUAGCGAAUCGGUCACUUUGUCCUGUUCCAUGCAUGUGUCCCAUGUGAACUCAUACAUGCGAGAGUCGUGCAGAUGUGACUACAGUUGCGUGUAAACGGGGGAUUUAGUAAAUAUUAAUUAGUAUAAGUUCAGUGAUGUAGUUCGGAUAUCUGCUAAAUAGAAUGUGUUAACACAAAUUGAAUAUCUUAUAUAUAUCUGAGUCCUUGCUAUCCUGUAACCUUAAUACGACUUAUUAAAUAUUUAGUCGCAUUUCAUGAUUUUUCACUUGCACUUUGCAAGUAAAUUCAACCUUUCAUUAUAAUCAUAACUAUCAACGAGUCUUAAUUAAAAUGUUUUGUUCCAACGAAUAUCAUUUUUUUCAUUUUCUAUUUAUAAUUUCUUUCCGCUUCAUUUCAGAAUGAAAUUGAAGAAACCGAACUUUCAUUUCACAUGAGACCUCCAAGAGGUACAAUUUUAGUUUGUACUGUUUAAAAGUUGCUUCGUGCAAUUAUCUUCUACAGUUCUACAAUGUACGGUUCAUACACAGAAGACCCGUUCCAGACGGGAACUAAGAUGGAGGAGUCAGCAAUUAUUUUUGACGAAGAUGAUUCACCUUCUACGGCCAUGGACCUGGACAAAAACCACGGGUUUGGCCCGAUACCAGAGAAACGCCAGAAACGAGCUGCCUUUGUGUCUAUUGGGUUGUCUUUGAUCAUCAUGGUUGUCCUCCUCGGAGCGUUCACGAAGCCAAAAGACGAACUCUACGCCGUCGAAGGAAACACGAGCAUGCUGCAUGAAGAUGAGAUGUUUUGCAGAAAGAAUGACCAGUAUUAUCACGUUGGUGUUUUUAUCUGGUCUUUAAAUCUUAUUGGAAUUAUCUUGGGAGAAUUUGUGAACCGGUUGUGUCUAAUGUUUGAAGAAUAUUUUCAUUUGUAUACCCGGUAUGGUGGUAGCAAGAGGAGAAUGUUUGAUGCAUGUUUCAGUGAUAUUUCAUUCAGAGCUGUGUUCUUUGCGACAUUGGUCGCAUUCGUUAUCAUUGGCUCCACUCUACUCUCCCAAGGAACGAAAUAUUUUAAGUUUGAGUACAUUGAGAUCAUCCUAAGCGGUGUUGGAAGCAGUACUCUUGUACUGUAUCUUCUCAGUUUGGAUACUUUAUCUCGUGUGCAAAUAUCCUCUUUGUUGGAAAAUAACAACAGACUUGUCGCGAACGGCUUAGCAUGGUCUUAUUACUUCGGUUACUUGAAAAUAAUUCUGCCAAAAUUACAUGAACGAAUUGCAGAGUCGGAGUGGAAAGACAAGUUGUCUUCCAACAAAUUAUUUAUCUUAAUGCCUCGAGACUGUUGGGCCUUUGGAAAGUUGUCAGACGAAGCAGAAGAUGGGAAGAUUCAACUUGUUGAAGAUGGAGUGAUUGAAUUUGAGGCUGAAAGAGCAGGAAUUUCUAAAAGAUCAUAUCGAAAUAAUGUUUACGAAAUAAAAAUUGAUGGUUGUGAGCCUCUGCAAGUCUUGGCUCAGUACGCAACACCGCUGUGCUCAAUGUACGACAUGAGCCAUUCAGCCGAGGCGAAUCUCAGCGUAGAAGACCGGGACGAACAAGCCAAGUUGUUUGUGCGCACACUCGAAGCGAUCCUGAGGAAUCCUUCUGUGCCUGAAGUCCGGAAUAAAUGUAAGUUGGUGCCGUAUGCAAGAUCCCCAGACUCAUAUGUGCCUGUUUCCAACGUCUUGGCUGAUGCUGUUUUAGAUGAUAUGAAAGAAAAUAGUUCUUUGGAUAGUCUUGAUGGAAUUGUGGAAGAAGGAACAAUAUCAAGGAACAAUAUGUUUUAGGAACAGUCUUGUACUUUAUAUUAUCAAGGCGAUUAUAUUUGAGUGUACAUAUAAUUAUUUUGUUGGGGUAACAAUACAUCAGAAAACUAUAUAUGUCAAUUUCUUUAAUAGCUAUAUGAAUACACCGCGCUUAAUCAAACGAAAAUGGGAGUUCAUGAGAGUUGGCAGCGAAAGAUUACAAGAAAAUUUUCGAGAACAUUCUCGUGAACCACACAACCUGAUAAUGUGAGUCUAUGUAGAAAUGAUCCACGCUACACAUAUACACACACACACUAUGCAUAUACUAGACAUAAUAUUUGACGGUAUGGUCUAUCUUCGAGGACCUGCGAAGGCUGGUAAGACCUCUAUACGGACGUUAGGUAACUAGUAUGUAACUUUAAUAUGUGCAUUAUUAUGUUAAUGGUAACAUAAUAAUGCACACAUUAAAGUGACAGACUAGUUACCUAACCUCCGUAUAGAGGUCUUACAACCUAUGUAUAAAUUACAAUAUAAUGAGCUCUGAAAUUGAGCCAUUCCGAAGUUGACGAGUGUUAAAAACGGACGAAAUUAAGAAAUGAACCAAAUCACUAAAAAGACCCUCAAAAUUAGAAAGUAUACAAAGCUUGAAGACGUUUACAUGAAUAGCUUUCGAAUAAUAAGCUUUCGAAAAUUGUGAAAUUACUGAUUAAGCGUCCCCAAAAACAAAAAUUACAGAUGACACCUUUUAUAGUAAAUAUCGCGAUUUUCGAAAGCUUAUUAUUCGAUGGGUAUUCGUUUAAACGUCUUCAAACUUUGUAUGCUUACUAAUUUUGAGGUGAUCAUUUUAGUAAUUUGGUUCAUUUCUUAAAUUGGGCACUUUUUAACACUCGUCCCAGUCUUCUCAUCAACUUCGGAAUAGCUAAUACUCGUACAUGAUGGUACGAAUUCAAUGUUAUAAAGCAAUACCGGUGAAUAAAACAAUUUGAUCUCAUUGCCUUCAUCCUAGCUUCCAAGCAACCCAGGUAAAUCGCGAGAUGCCUGCGGGGAGGCCACCUGCAUCCAAUAUCGUGCUGAAAUUGAAUGUACCUGCCUGCACACAGUGUGGUUCUAUUUUAUUACUUUUUCUUUCACGGCCUUGAACAUCCUUGGAAAGUCCAUGAGUUUUACUCUUCCUGACUUGAACGAACCCUGGAUCGAACGACCUCAAAAAUACUGACAAGAACUUCGACGUUUCGAUUGAACUAAACUGAUCGCUCACGAAUUUCUUGACGAAGGUCCCUCGCUUGAAACAUCAAAGUUCUCCUUAUAUUUUUCAGGCAGUUUGAUCCUGCAGUCCCUCGAGUAUUUUAACCGAGAUCCUUAUAGUAUCUCUUUUAAAUAACUUUAUAUAUGUAUGGCUUAAAAGAUUUAAUCUUUUUUAAUGGCUUUGCCCAUGUAAUUACAGGCAAACUACGUCAAGCAUUACUCUUUUGAGUUCCUAACUUGAUUGCAAUUUUCCGCAUUAACUUUGCAAAUAUGAAAAAAAUCCCUUGAGGGAAUUUUCAAUGUUCCUAAAAUCCAAUUAAAUUUGCCUCAAUUCCUGUUGCAAGUUCUUAACUUCCUGUUACAAGUUCCUAACUUCCUGUUCUGUCACGUGCAUUGUAAUUGGCUAACAAAAAUAAUACACCAAUGACAACGCUCAGAACAGAAAUCAUGAAAUUAAAACAGGAAGUUAGAAACAUUUGCAAAGGUAAUGAGGAAAAUUGCAAUCAAGUUAGAAACUCGAAAGAGGAACGCUUCACGUAGUUUACCUGUAAACCAAAUAAAUUCAACCUAUCACCACUCUAAUAUUUUUAUGUCAACAAAGUCCCAAUUAAUGUUGAAAUCAAUUUCAUUUUCAGGAUUUAUUUAUAAUUCCUUUCCGUUUCAUUCCAAAAUGAAAUUGAAGAAACAGAACUUUUAUUUACGUGAAGUGCCCAAAAGGUUCAAUUUCAGUUUACACUGUUUAAAAGGUGCUUCACACAAUUGUCUUCUACAUUUUUACGAUGUAUGGUUCACACAGUAGACCCAUUCCAGGCGGGAACUAAGAUGGAGGAGUCCGCAAUUAUUUUUGACGAAGAUGAUUCAUCUUCUACGGCCAUAGACCUGGACAAAAACCACGGGUUUGGCCCGAUACCAGAAAACCGCCAGAAACGAGCUGCCUUUGUGUCUGUUGGGUUGUCUUUUAUCAUCAUGGUUGUCCUCCUCGGAGCGUUCACGAAGCCAAAAGACGAACUCUACGCUGUCGAAGGCAACACAAGCAUGUUGUAUGAAGAUGAGAUGUUUUGCAGAAAGAAUGACCAGUAUUAUCACGUUGGUAUUUUUAUCUGGUCUUUAAAUCUUAUUGGUAUUAUCUUGGGAGAAUUUGUGAACCGGUCGUGUCUGAUGUUUGAAGAAUAUUUUCAUUUGUAUACUCGGUAUGGUGGUAGCAAGAGGAAAAUGUUUUGCGCAUGUUUCAGUAAUAUUUCAUUCAGAGCUGUGUUCUUCGCGACAUUGGUUGUAUUCGUUAUCAUUGGCUCCACUCUACUCUCUCAAGGAACGGAAUAUUUCAAGUUUGAGUAUAUUGAGAUCAUCCUAAGCGGUGUUGGAAGCAGCACUCUUGUGCUGUAUCUUCUCAGUUUGGAUACUUUAUCUCGUGUGCAUAUAUCCUCUUUGAUGGAAAAUAACCACAGACUUGCGAACGGUUUAGCAUGGUCUUAUUACUUCGAUUAUUUGAAAAUAAUUCUGCCAGAAUUACGUAAACGAAUUGCAGAGUCAGAGUGGAAAGACAAGUUGUCUUCCAACAAAUUGUUCAUCUUAAUGCCUCGAGACUGUUGGGCUUAUGGAAAGUUGUCAGAAGAAGCAGAAGAUGGGAAGAUUGAACUUGCUGAAGGUGGAGAGAUUGGAUUUGAUGUUACAAGAGCAGGAAUUGAUAAAAGAGUAUAUCGGAAUAAUGUUUACAAGAUAACCGUUGAUGAUUGUGAGCCUCUGCAAGUCUUGGCUGAGUACGCAACACCGCUGUGCUCAAUGUACGACAUGAGCUCUUCAGCCGAGGCGAAUCUCAGCGUAGAAGACCGGGACGAAGAAGCCAAGUUGUUUGUGCGCACACUCGAAGCGAUCCUGAGGAAUCCUGGUGUCCCUGAAGUGCGGAAUAGAUGUAAGUUGGUGCCGUAUGCAAGACUCCCGGAUGUGUCUGUUUCCAAGAUCUUGGCUCAUGCUAUUUUAGAUGAUAUGAAAGAAAAUAGUUCUUUAGAUAGUCUUGAUGGAAUU